AUGCAGGUAAGAAUAUGUGUCGUAGCCGAAGACGACGCGACCGCUGCCGGGGGUCCGUCGACGCUGCCGCCGCCUGCGCUGGCAACCCUGCCGCCAGCGACGCAGGACGGGAACGCAUCUUGUGCUUUCGACAGCCUACCCGAGCUGGUCGAACGCGUCGUCGAGGACUGGGCCGGUUACAACAUCUCGCUGCUGGUGGACACCUGCCCCGGCGUGUGUGAGCUGGUCUACGGCUCGGGAAACCCCGACAUAUCCGGCAUAGGGGCUAUGUACUCGUAUGCCAUCCAGGGCGUCAGCUCCCUCCUCUUCGGGCCCAUUCUCGGCAUGCUGGCGCUGUACGUCGGCUCGGACCCGGACUCGGACUCGUUUCUCGCGCUCCCGCCCAAGCUGUGGGUGACGGAGACUUUCGCGCCCACCGCCAGAAGCGUGCACCAGACGAACAUAAUCGUCGCCUUCUCCGUGCUCUUUGCGGCGCUCAUCCGGGUCCGCCAGGCCUGCCCCGUGGCGGAGCGGGACUUUCUCCAGCGCCUGGUCGGCUACGAGGUCCUGGUGUCCCUCAUUUGCACCCUGUCCUACCUGCCAAUACACGAGUCGUCGAAGCAGAGAAAGACGGUCCUGUGCUGCUACGUUCUCGGCACCAUCAUCAUGGUCUUCAUCGCCCUCGAUUGGACGGAUCUCGGCGACGAGCCGUACGCCUCGGCGUUCCAGGCCAUAACCAAGUACUGCGUUCAGCAGCAAGACUGGCCGGUCCCGGAGAUCAGCUUCGUUCCUCCUCCCACUAGCUCCGAGACGGCCACUUCCGAGGGGAUCUGGGUGGAAAUGAGCACGAUGGAGUUUCUGUUAGCAAUGUCGCCAAUCUGGUUGUUCGUCGUCCCCCUCCCUCUGGCUUGCUGUUUCCCGCGCUUUGCGGCUAUCUUUCUCAUUCCUCACAUGCUGCUUCUCGCCGGCGUGUUGACGGUCGCUGCCGUCGCUGUCGCCGCCGUGUGCAUACCUCUCUUCGUCCUCGGCAGCGCUGUUUUCGCUCUGCUCACUCGUCCGUACAAGGCAGCAUGUCGCACACUACGUGUCGGUCCCCUAAGACUGGGUGCAGUUCUCAUAGCUGCAGGCUUCACGGCCCUCGGCGCCUCACUGGCCUGGAUCAUUUUUGGGGCCAUGCGGAUCCAGCGUCAGGAACUGGGGGGGUUUGGGCAGGUUGCUGCUGUCCUCGCGUGGAUUCCCACGGCUCAAGACGCGCUUCUCGCUGUCUCCGCCAGCUUUGACGGAACUGAGAGAGAAUCACAAGGGGCUAUCAGUAUGCGAUACAACCGUGCGAGGCUCCCAAGAAACCCGAGCCGUCCAGGCUCGCACUCACCAAGCCGGCUAUCCCUCCUGGAGCGCCGCGACUCGGCCAGCGAGAUAAGGGUUCAACCACUCAUCCAGUGA